AUGUGCGGAAUCACGGCGACCAUCGCCCUCGGGCAGGGCAGCAAGACCAACGGCCAUGUGAAGAAGGUGGACAACAGCCCGCUCCGCAAGGAGCUGGAGGAGAGCCUGAAAGCCAUUGCCCACCGCGGCCCGGACGCCUCCGGGGUCUGGAUCAGCGACGAUGGUGCCAUUGGCCUGGGCCACUGCCGCCUGGCCAUCAACGACCUCUCCCCGGACGGCGUGCAGCCGAUCCACAGCGACGACGGCAAGAUCCACGCCGUCGUCAACGGGGAGAUCUACGACCACGACGCGCUGCGGGAGCGGUGCGUGGACCUCGGGUACCGCUUCAAGGGCCACUCGGACAGCGAGGUGCUGGUGGCGCUGUACAAGAUCUACGGGACUUGCUUCUUCGAGCACCUGCGCGGCGAGUUCGCGUUCGUCGUGUACGACGAGACCACGGGCCGCGUCGUCGUCGCGCGGGACCGGUUCGGCAUCAAGCCCAUGUUCUGGACGAUCCAGGACCAGGGCGCCGCGGGGAAGAGGCUGCUGCUGACCUCGGAGAUGAAGGGGUUCAAGGCGCUGGGCUGGGAGCCCGAGUGGAACGUGUUUGGAGUGAUUAGCGGCAACGCGAUGCAGAACGACAAGACGUGCUUCAAGGACGUGUUCAAGCUGGAGCCGGGCACGUACAUGGAGAUUGAUGGGGAGGGGGAGAUGAAGACGCAUCUGUACUGGAACCAGGAGUUCAGGGAUAAGCGCGAGGUAGAGACUCGCAGCGUUGAUGAGAUGGUUCUGGGCGUGAGGGAGCACCUGGUUGACGCGGUCAAGCUCCGUCUCCGCGCCGACGUGCCCGUUGGCAUUUACCUGUCAGGAGGAAUCGACUCUUCCGUCGUCGCAGGCAUCACGACGAAACUGGUUCACGAGGGAGGCGUCAAGCUCGGUAACCAGGACGCGACCAAGAGAAUCACCUGCUUCACGAUCCAGUUCCCAGAAGCGUCAGGCUUCAACGAAGCCGACAUCGCCGACCGCACAGCCGAAUGGCUCGGCGUCCGUAUCCAGAAGAAGGACAUGAACGAGGCCGAGCUGGCCGCCCACUUCACCGACUCGGUCUACCACAACGAGCACCACACCUUCGACCUCAACUCCGUCGGCAAGUUCUGCCUCUCCACCCUCCCCCACGCCGCCGGCAUCCCCGUCGUCCUCACCGGCGAGGGCGCCGACGAGCACUUCGCCGGCUACCCCUUCGUCCUGCCCGCCUUCCUCAUGGAGGGCGACCCCUCCUGGCCGGCCUCCCCGCUCAAUGACGACGCCACCCGCGUCGCCAUGUUCACCGAGAUGCUCAAGGACAUCAAGGACAUGUUCGACUCCAUCGGCAUGUUCGAGGACGACGCCUCCAUGGCCGCGCUGCGCCUCGAGCCCGAGUGGGAUGCCUUCGCCCCCUGGGUCCGCGACGUCUACGUCGCCAACGUCUCCCACGACCCGCCCCUGUCGCCCGAGGUCAUCGCCAACAUGAAGGAGCGCUGGCACGCGCUGCACACCAGCCUGUACCUCUACACCAAGGGCCCGCUCGCCAACAUGAUCCUGACCUGCCUCGGCGACCGCACCGAGAUGGCGCACAGCAUCGAGGCCCGCCCGCCCUUCCUCGAUCACCACCUCGUCGAGUACGUCAACGCCCUCCCGCCCAGCCUCAAGGUCCUGUGCGCCGAAGCGGCGACCGCCGCAGAAGGCCAAGACGGCACGGGGUCCAGCAUGUGGUGGAAGUCGCACGGCACGGCGCGCCAGCGCCUGAUUGAGAAGUGGAUCCUCAAGGAGGCGGCCAAGCCCUUCAUCACGCAGGAGCUGUACGAGCGGCGCAAGCACCCGUUCUCGGCGCCUGUCAAGUGGCCGCGCGGCGGGCCCAUCCACUCCAAGAUGUGCGAGAUCCUCACCGAGGAGAACGUCGACCGCCUGGGCUUCCUUGAGUGGUCGAACGUCGCGAGGUGGCUGGAGCAGGGCUUCGGCGACGACGCGAGCCCGAGGGCGUUCCGCAAGCUCAUCUGCGCAGCGUCCUGGGUCGUGCUCUCGCAGCGGCUCGGGGUGAAGAGGGCUACUGUCGCCGAGUAA